UAGUUCAUUUUUCAUCCUCCCUAACUUCCCCCAACCUCAUCCUCUCGUUCAUUUCCGUAGUAAAAAAACAUAAUCUUCUCUUCCUCUAUUUCCUCUUAUCUCCUCUCAUCUCUUUUCUUCCUUUCUUUCUUUCUUCCUUCCUCUCUUUCUGCUUCUUCCAUCUCUCUCUCCCACCUUGUAUCAUCUCUUUUUAUUUCCCUCCACAACUCUCUUCAUUCUGCAUAAGAAAUAAUAAAAAAUUUGCAGUUUUUCAAUCCACCAUUGUAAGAGGAGGAGCCGGCACCAACAUCACAGCGUCGGCGGCCAUUGUCUCUCUCGCAUUCAUCGUUAUGGCAGUAAGUCGAUUACCUCUCAAUUCAUUUCCAUUAACGUUUAGAUUGAGUGAUUAAUUUAGUAGUAAUGGAAUGAAAAUUAUUUCAAUUAAUUGUGUUUUCAUGCCUAACAUGAGAUUAAUAAAGAACAUGUCAUGCAAAUUACGUACAGACUCUUUUAUGAUACAAUUCACUCCAUCACCUUUUAAUACAUUAGUUCAAUUUGAAUUCUAAAAAAAUUGCUCAAUUUGACAUGUCAUUUUUAACUUUUGGGUGACAUGUCGUCACAUCCUAAUAUGCAUCUUAUGAUCAAGGUGAAACAUUCCUUCUAAAGAAUUUUUUAGAUUUUAUUGUGUUGAGUUUUUUCCGGUAAUUAUCACUUUCCUUUAAGCUCACUCUGGUCAAAAGAAUCAAAGUUUGAAAAAUACAAAGGUUUCAGCCUAUUAUUCCAUCUUUACAUUAGACUGUUUUGCCAUAAAGAAAGAAAAUCUGCUAUCAACAAUACAUAUUAUAAAAUAAUAAAUUGUUAUAAUAUCAAGAUCAAACUGCAUAGCUAAUGAAGUAUCCAAUAAUUUAUCUAAGACAAGUCCAACGUGAAUUUAUCUAAGAUAGGUCCAAUGUAAAAAAAAUAUAUAAUUUAAGUUUCAUGUUGUAUUUUCAUAUUCUGAAAAUGUUCUAAUAUCCAUUCAUCAUGCAAAUUUUGAAAAAUGUCAUUCUUAAGGUACUUCACUUAAAUAUCAGUCAUAAUUUCAACUCUCAUUCUAUUCUGAAGUGUCUCUUCAUGUUGUUCAUUUUACUAAAUGCUCUUUCAAUGGGUAGCAACAAAUGCCACUAACAUUUGAGUUUUCGUCUAUAUUAAAUUCAGUUACAAAAUAUAUUAAUUAGAAGUUUAAUAAAAAUAAAAUAACAUUUUUUCAUGAAGUUGUUUACAAUAAUACGCAUAUCUAUCUAUGUUCAAUCCACAAUCACAUAAAAAGUUUAUUCAUAUAGUUUUGGGUGAAGAUGAUGCAAAUGACCUCCUUUUACCUCAUGUGGCUACGUCACUCAGCAUAACUCCCAUUAUAUAUAUAUAGGUAUAUAUAAGCAAACUUUUAUAUACAAAUGGAAACAUAACCUCUAUCAAGAGUUCCUAGCAGCUUCAAAACCCUGUUGCAUCUGUCCUUUCAACACAAAUGUUACAUCCAGCACCAUCACAUCCUUUGUGGUGUUAUACAACUUCCCAAUCACUAGGCCACAAGGUAUACAGUUUUUCAAAGAAAACUUUUACUAACUCAAUAGUGUAAGCAGCACGACAAAACAAAUGGUCUCGUGUCUCUCUUACCAAAUUGCAUUAGAUUUUCAUUGUCGAUUUCAUGUGUCUUUUUUAAUUAAAUUUUGGAUGCUUAUAUCCAGUGGUGGACUCAUAAAUUCUAUAUAGUAGCGCUCCCUCAAAAAAUUAACAUAAUAUUAAUAUUUGAUUUCUGAAAAGAAUAUACUACACUAAUAAAAAUUACAAUUAAAUCAUAAUAUUGUCAAAAGUGUCCUGGAAAAAAUGAGCAAGUAGAGAACAACCAAAUUAUUAGUAUUUGAUUGAAAAACUUGAUAAAUUAUUAUUUAAAUGAACUUUGAUUUAAUAAGAAAAUUUAUUAAGUUUUUGAAUUUGAAAAAAUUAUUAUUGUACAUUCUAUUUCAUUUAACUUUCCAGUUAAAUGAAUUCAAAAUAAUUAAAUAUUUUUGGCAACCCCUAAAAUCGUCUGCAUGUAUAAUUUAAAAUUAUAUUUUUAUUAAUCUCAUUGUUUUUAUAUAAUUCAUAAUUUUUAAAUAGUGUCAUGUUACUAUUUAAUUUUUAUUUAUCAAUCAAACUUUUUCUGAUAAGGAUUCCAAAAUAAUUGAAUUACAGUAUAUUUUCAAUUUAUUUCUCUAUUUGACGAACAUAUAACUCAACAAACUUAGACGUUGAAUAUUCUACUUGUAAUAAAAUUACCAAUCAAUGGUAAAUUUAUUCCUGAAUUAAUAUUUAUACCAUAUGCCCAUGAUUUAAAAUGUAAUCGCUUUUUCCACCCAUAGAAAUUAAAAGCCAAAAAUAUUAUUAUUGAUCCUUAUGCACUCCAAAUUUUUUUGCUGCUUCAAUAUCUAAUGAUAAUAAUCUCAUAAGUAAUUGAGUUGUAGUCGACCUUGUCACCCAUGAACUAAACUCGAAUAUAUCAUUGUAGAUUAUCAUGCAUAUCCGAGCCUAUUUUGCUCUCUUACACAUAUGAAGUAUUAAGUGAUUGAGGGGGCUGUAGGAGCGACUGAGGCUUGACUUUUCCUAAUCUACAACAAAGAGAGACUUUGUGGCAAAGUUAUUUGUUUGGGAUGUAGACUCCUUAUUUAACAUAACAUCAACACAAAAUUGACGUGUUCUUGAAGCAGACCCAAGACUGAAAGAUUCACAUGUUUGAUAACUAAGUACCCAAGAAAUAUAUAUGUUUUAGAUAAAUAAAACAAAAACCAAAAAUAAAUUUACAUUUUAUAAGUAUGUAAUAGGGUGUAGUUGUAAUACUACACCUCAUUCAGGAAAAUCUGAAUUAUUUGAUUUGUAACUUGCAAUCGUAACCUUAUUACGACUCAUGUUUGUAUUUUACAAUUUUUUUAGGUGAGAUGAAAGAAACUGGAGAACUUUUUUUAGUCAACGGAUUUCUCCUAAUUAACAAAUAACAACUAACCAAUUUGCGCGUGUAUGGUUAAUAAACUAGUCGGUCUAACUCUAACUUGUUUAUGUUUUCGAUUAAUGAUUCGAUUUGGCAAAUACUUGUAUUUUGCAGGACAAGGGCCGUCCGUUGCCAAAGUUCGGUGAGUGGGAUGUAAAUGACCCAUCAUCUUCAGAAGGGUUCACAGUAAUAUUUAACAAGGCCAGGGAUGAGAAGAAAUCCGGUGGAAAGUCUGACUCCCCAGCCAAUGCUAAAUCCAACACUAAGCAUAGACAACAGCAAUCUGCGACCCUUGGCAAACCUCAGUCCGUAAGUCAUAAGGAUUACUGUUUUUCUUAAUGAGAAAUUAAAUUAAAUGAUUUUGUUGUUCGUCUAAGUGAUACUGAUUGGUCAUAGUUAUCAAAUACAUAUAUGAUUGCUUAGUUAUAUAACUGCGUAGAACCUUUUCAUAAUUCAUGCUAAUAACUCAUGCAAAGAUGGUCCAGUUAAAGGAGGAUUCGUUCAAUUAAUAUGGGUUGUACUUUUUAGGAUUUAAUUUGCUCUCAUUUCUUAUACGAAAAAAUUCUUCUGUUGAGAAUGAGUCAAUUAUAUUCAAAAUAUUGUGAUUAAAAUUUAUGUAAUUUAUAUUCGAAAAAAUUCUUCUGUUGAGAAUGAGUCAAUUAACAUGUUUGCAUGGAUUUACAUGCCACUUAUAUGUACAAAUGACUAACUUAGUAAAAUUUAUGUAAUUUAUAGUCAUAUUUUCCUCGAGCACUUAAGUUCAAAGAGUGCAAAUUCACUUCAUGGUGUCGUUGAUUAUAAAUUUGCUAUAUUCUAUUAAGGAGAAACAAGAUUUCACUUGCUAUUUUCUUUACACGACUCCUUUGGCUUAAUUAUAUCCAGAAGAAAUGGCUUUGCUGCAUACAAGUUGUGGCCUCCGACUAAAAUAAAGCAGCCCUCAAUUAUCCCAAAACGGAAUGAUUCAUCGUCAAUGCAAAACCCUAGUCCCAAAUCCACCCAUUGCAUUAUAUGAAAAAUGAGAGAAAUCCAAGCUCUAUUAGCUCGAAGUAGAAGAAGAUGGGAAGAAGAGAAAGAAUAAACUAUGAUAAUGGGUUAUAUUCUUUUUUGAGGGUGUUUUAUUUAAAUUUGCGUUGAUGUUGACAUUUGUGCUAUUAUUUUAGUUAUAAAAGAUAAAGAAACGCUUUGUUUGGGGGCUAAGUGAAAGGGAGAUGAAAUUGGUGGCGUUGUUGGGCCAGCAUGCAAUGAAAAUAGUGGGAAAUUUGAGGGGGAAUUUAAAGAAAGAAAAAGUACAGGGAGUCAAUGACAAAUUUGUUAUGUUUUGUUUUCUAUUGGGGUUUUGUUUUAUUAUGUAAUGGUUUGGUGGAUUCUUUCUUUUUAACGUUUAUGUUAAUUUCAAUCUUCAACAUAAUAAUUUUCUUUCAUAUUUUAUUUACUCUUAAGCAUGUAUUUGAUGUGGUGAGCAUCGAGUUUUACAUUUUAUAGUUUAGUUCUUCGAUAACACUAACAAUUUCAAUUCAAGUCAAGUCAAGUGUAAUUUGAAUUGGACAAGUAGUAUAUAGCAUGAUUAAUGUCGUAUUUCAAGGGGACUCUAGGUCUACUAUUACUCUCAGCUUUGACAUACUAUCUGGUCAAAUCGGAUGGUUGAUGAUUUAAGUGGGAAUAAACCUAGCGAAGAAAGAAACAAAACUAAAAGCGAGGGAGAUCACUAAUGAAGAGGUAGUUUCGGCAGACUUCGAACUACCUUCACUGCUUGUUAAUGGUUCAUGCAUGUUAUACUAAAUUGGAGUGAUUCAUCAUUCACUCCGAAAAAAUACAUAUAUUGAGCUCUAACACAAUGGUCAUGUAAUUAGACCUCCUACCACCUAAGUAAAGGGACUUGAGUCCGAAUUCUCACAACAUCAAAUAACUAGGUCAUGCAUUUAGGUUAGUAUUCCACUAAUGAAAUUAAUUCAUUCUUCAUGGCAUAUAACGUCACUAGGACAAAAUCAUGUGAUGUCAUGAUCCAUUCAAUCACAUAAUCCUCAUCUAUCUAAUGAUGGCCCUAACUCUAGAGAUUGAGGCAUGAUCACCUCAUCAAUCUCCAAGACCUAAUUACACCCAACUUGAAUUCCAAUUAUUGAAAUUACUUGAUAGAAAUAUUUUUAGAUAACCAUAUGAUGUUAUGAUCGAGUCACUCACAAAAAUCCCACACCUUGGUGGGUCAAACCCUAGAAAUUGAGGAAAGCUCACAAUCACAUAAAUGGUGCCCAAGAAUCAUGCAUCAUAAUAAUCAUAGAUAGAUAGUUGAAAGCAAAUCAAUAUACUCAAUCCAUAUAUAGGAAGAAAAAAAAUCCCUAACAAACAUCUAGAGAGUUCUACAUAUAACCAUCACAAAGGCUUAGCUUAUAGAGAGAGAUAGUGUACAAAAGUUAAAAGAAGAACAUUACUAUUGAGCUAGAUCUAUCUUCUCCUUCUUCCUUUGGUCACCUGUCAUGAAUCUUGGAAGGAUUUGGUGUUGAUUCCAUGAAUAAAUCUCCCAAGAAGCCUCUAAAAUCAUCACUCACCCUCUACAUCUUCCCAAAAUUUGGUUCUCUCUCUUGAAUGCCUCACUUUGUUUUAAAACAUAUCCUUGUAUUUAUAGACCCAAACAUGUCAAAGAUCUUGACCUAGGGUUAUAUGGAGUUCUUGGCCAUGAUCUCGGGUAAGAGUCUCAUGAUCUUUCCAAAACUUAUUCAGGUCACAGGCAUGGUCACGACCAUGACCUGGCUGUGCUCAUGUUUACGGGCAGAAUUUAUGACAUGGAUCUUUUCUUCUUGUCACGUACUCUAUAUCGUAGUCUACCUUUUCGUGGCCAUAAGGCUGGCAGUGAGACCUUCUUUACUCGUUGUUGGUCGCCCUCUUGGAGUUUGCAAAGCUAGACAGCAAGGCUAGUCAUGAGACCUUCUUUACUCAUUGUUGGUCUCCCUCUUGGAGUUUGCGACCGUAGAACAGAGUUCACGACCAUGAAUGGUUGUAAUGUACAUUGUGGAUUGGGUUAUAGUCGUGACCUGAACUUGAGUCUUCUUUCACCCGUGAAACGACUUACAAUUGUCACAAAACAAGGCACACACAUUCUUUAUCAUGUUGGGACCUGAGAUUAAGUAAGAAAUCACAACCUAGUCUAGAAGAGGAUGAGAAUGAACAAGUUUCAACCCAAUUGGCCAAGUGACGAUCAAAGUCAUGUUAAAUCAUAGAGUAUGAACCUAGGAAGUAACUGUAGCAUGAAAUCAAUCUAAAAAAUUGUCGGAGAGGAUGAUUAUAGCAUACAAAACCGAAGAAAUUAAAGGAUAAAUAACAUCAAUUUGGGUGUUAUGAAUAUUUAAGCUUCAAGUUAGUGUUUGAGAAGAUAUGCUUUUUCAUUGAUCAUGACCAGAACUUUAGAUACACCUAACAAAACUAUAUGAUGGAAAAUUUCUCCGUGGGAGAGUGAUCCGGGCCUAAUUGCACACAUUUUAUCCCUGUUUCCUUUGGGCAUUUGAAGCAUUUGAACUCCUAAAAGGGUGAUUUUACGCUAGGUUUUGUGGGUUUUAGUGUGUUUCACGAUCCAACAGGUGAAACCAGCCCCAGAGUCGAAAGUUGGACGAAAAGAGGCGAAGACCGGCAAAGAGGGUGAUUCAGGCAGAGUUCACGGGUAACAUUGGAGUUCACGGUCCACUAUGGCCGUGAACUGAAGCCUGAAACCAUGAACCACGAUGCGUCCAGGGAGAAAUCUGCAGUUAUUGACGCGAGACGAGUUCACGGUUAACAAGACUGUGAAGAUUGAGGCCAAACCGUUAACUCCCGAUGGCGAAGCGGUGCAUUUCGACAUCGCGCUCUAUGUUCAUGGACGCUUUGAAGAGUUCACGGCCUUAAACUAAGGCCGUGAACUGAGUCUGAUCCUGGUAUAUAACGUGAGCUGAAAGGAAGAGAGAGGGGGAUCCCAAGUGUGAGAAAGGGUCUUCUUCUUCAGAUUUUAGAGAGAUAAAGGACGAAUCAAGAAAGAAGGAAAGCUAGGGUUUGCUCCAAGUGGUGAAUUGGGAAGAAUCUCCCCAAGAGAAGAUCAACACAAGCUUAGAGGAUAUUGGAGGCAUCUCCACGAUGGUUUCUACCUCUUCCUCUUGUCUUCUCCCCCUUUAUAGCAUGGUGUAGUACUCUUUUUCACUUGGGUAUUGUAAAACCCUAACUAUUUGCCAUGUAGUUGUAGUGUGACUUGAAUGAUUGUUUAUGGGUGUUGUUUAAUUUAACAAUUGAGGUAUUUUUCGUGAUGAUUGUGCAUGUGUGUGCUUAGCAAUCUAAUUAGCCAUUCUAACCUACGUUAGAGGGAAAACCCCCUUUCCAAAAGCGGCUCAAUUGAGUUGGGAUUCCUUGGACAUGAUAAGCCACCUACCUAGGUUAAUGUAGGGCAAACCUCUAUCUGGAAUUAAGCAACUAGGUUAAUAUUGAUUAAGCCGUCCAACCAUCGGUUUGAGGGAGAUGGUAAGUCAACCCUUAAUUGCCUUAACCAAAAGAGCUACUCUUGUGACCUAUAAUGUAUCCCUUUGUUUGGAAAUUGAGAGUGUGGUCCUCGACCAUAGUAGCACCUACUAGCGGUUCAUGAUUGCCUUGCUCAUAACAUCCCAUUCGAGUCCACGUGACAUAGUAGUUGUUAGGGGGAAAUGAAACCCGAGCAAUCCUUCUCAUCUAGAGCUUUCAAACAAUUUACUUUUGCUUUGUUUUGAUUUAAAUCUCAUAAUUUUCAACCAAAAACCAAUUCGCUAGAUAAUGGUUAAAACACCGGAAGUAAGGGUACACGGGUUGGCCCGAGUUGAUAUUUAAACAUACUUGCUCUAUAUUGCACCCAUCUAAGGUUUAUACUUAGGCCUUAGGUGGGAAUUUAUUGUGAUAUUCGGGACGAUUCAAGUUUUUGGCGCCGUUGUUGGGGAUUUUCGGUCUGUUAUCUUGAAAAAGUUGUAUGGUGUUAAUCUAGCUUUUAAUUUCCAUUUUUGAAAGUGUGUGUGCUUUGCUUGUGCUAGACUUGGUGUUGUUUUCUAAGUGUGUGUGUAGGGAGGUGUAUGUCCCGGAGCAAUCCGACGCCUUUGAUACUACGUGACGAGAACAUCAACCGGACUCUCCAACUCCUAGCACGGGAGAGGGAUUUAGCGGAAGCAAGGAGGUGAAGUGAAUAAAGGGGACAACAAUUUAGUCCCGAUGUUGAAGAAGUGGAAGGUGAACCUGAUAUUGGAGUAGAAAUGGCGGCGAACCAACAAGGAGGAGGAGCCUCCCAAGUUCACAACCAUAAUGAUGAGGCGGCGGAUGAGGAAAUCUCAAGGACAAUGGGAUACUAUAUGUCCCCACGGCCGGUGGACAUUGAAUCACCAAUCUUGCACCCUACCGUGGCGGCCAGCAAUUUCGAGAUCAAGCCGGCUCUAGUAACUAUGAUACAGAACAAUGCUUUGUUCCACGGUCUUCCGAGCGAGUCACCAAGGGAGCAUGUGCAGAGAUUCUUGGAGCUCACGGGGAGCUUGAAAAUCAAUGGUAUGUCGGCGGAAGCUUUGCAACUGAGGCUUUUCCCCUACUCACUUGCGGGGAAAGCAAUCCAAUGGCUCAAUAGCCGACCGCCUCGUCCAAUCACCUCAUGUGACGAUCUUCCUGUAUUGCCCGCCUUUGAAGACGGUCGAGUGGAGAAAGAAGAUCACCCAUUUCGAGCAAGAGGAAGACAAGACCUUGAGGGAUGCUUGGGAGAGUUUCUCCGAUUACUUCCUUCAAUGCCCUCAGCAUGGAUUCUAGGAGCUAUUCCAGAUUGAAAAUUUUUAUGGUGGACUUAUACAAGAAGACAAGAUUCUCAUAGACUCUAUUUGUCAAGGAAAAUUGAUGAAUAUGACUCCACCCCAAGUGACCGAGUUACUCUAAGACAUGGCCCUCAAAGGAUACGAUUGGGGAUGGACGAGAAGUGGGAAGAGAAGCAAUGAUAGAGGAGUGAGAAGUGUGGGAGCAAGCGCUCCACUUGAGGCGAAGCUUGACAAGUUGAUCGAGGUAAUUCUCGAGGAUAAGAAGCACGGAAAGAGAGCGGUGCUGUCGUGCGAUUGGUGUUCAAGCAUGAACCAUGAGUUGGCCGGUUGUGAAGCAAUGAAGGAAGCAAUCACUC